AUGGCCACCCCCCAACCCCCAGGUGACAUCGACCUGGUGUACAUGAGGGAUCAGUACGGAUGGUUCGGGGUGUCCUUUUACUUCACCUUCAUCUUCGUCAUGACGUUCAUCGUCCUGAACAUGUUCUUCACCAUCGUGGGAGACGCCUUCUCCGUCACGAAGGAGGAAGUCGCCAACGAGAAGAACCAGUACGAGCUCCUCAACUUCAUCACGGGGCUGGUGAAGGACAUGCUUGGUAUGCGAACGGCAGCUGAGAGAGAGGCUGAAUUGAACGAGGAGGAAAACGAGGAAGAGACGACAGUCGAGGAACUCUCGGUACCCACCUUGUCUGUCGACGAUGCUGACGCCCUCGAGGACGAAGGAGCCGAAGACGACGAUUCCAAGGAUUCCAAGGAGAGGGAAGGAGGUGUUCCUGGAAUUGCCAUUUACACGGUGCCAACGACUCCUCCGCCUACACGGGCCUCUGCCCGUCCUCAUGCCCAUCAUCCUCCUUCGUCUAUGCUCGCGAUUCCAGGAAUGGGCGACGGACUUCCGGAGAAUCCACGGGCCCUUCAACAAGGGCGCCAUCAAAGCUCCCCCUCCUCCUCCUCCUCCAGCAGCGUCGGUGGAUCAGCCCCUCCAAGUCCAGGGAAAUCUGUUUUGAGGUCGACGCCCUCCGAGUCCGACUCGGGCGUUGCAGUUUCGGGAGAACUUCCUGGGGCUGUGGAAGGCCCACCUGUGACCGACGACUCUCAAAAGGCUUCUGAGAAGGUCCUGAGUUUCGAGGUCCCUCCGCCAGCUUGCUACAUUCCUCCUGGAGAACAAAAUGGAAAUUUAGCCAUGCCUGGGAAGGACGCAGUCAUCAGUUUCACCUCCGUACCUGACGCUUCGACACUUUAUCUGAGUUCUCCCACUACUGGACCACUGGCGGUGGGAAGUACCCCAGGAGGCAAAUGUGAAAAUCUGGGAGGCCUAAAGGACGCCCCAAGGCCUCUGUCUGCCUCCUUCCUGGCUGGGAUCGAAGUGCCCGAGACACCUGUACCAAGUCAGGUGGCCGCAAUCCUGGGCAAGUUGGAGACUAUGGAAAGUCUUCUACAAAGAGCAGUCGGUACUUCGCCUCUUGAUGGUUAA